AUGUUACCUUUAAUUCAUGAUCUACCACAAAUAGUUUAUAUUUAUAUCUAUUCUUCAGCGUCGGAGACUGUACCAUAUUCUACUAACGAAUAUCCAAAAUUACGAGCCAUUGUAAACGAAAACUCAGCAGAUGCAGAUGAACAGUUAUUGAAGGAUAUCCAAAUAUAUCGACAAGAUUUGAUGCCAGUGAAUGUUAUUAAUCCUGUUCAACGAAAAACCAAACUUUUAAUUCAAGAAUCGUUACAAAUAGAAACAUAUUCCGUUGUUUGGAUAAAAGAUACUAAUAAUAGUCAAACAUUUGAUGCAUCAUUAAUAACCGAUGUCAUCGAUUCUCUGAAAAUAUUCUUCAAUAUUGAGGAAUGCGUUGAUUAUAUCAAAUCAUUAUCGAAUGACACUCAGGUUUUUGUCGUUUCAUCAUGUUCGGAUACUGAAACAAUUUUAAAAGAGGUUUCGCCUCUAUCGAAUGUAAUAGCUAUUUAUCUACUUGAUAUUCUUCAACAAAUAAAUCCAAAGGAGUCAAUGACAAAAGUACAUGGUAUAUAUUUUGAUAUGCAAAGCUUGUCAAACCGAUUAUCUCAAGAAUACAAACGCUGCAAAUACGAUUUACAGAUGUCAGUUAGUGUUUUCUCUCGCGAAAAUAUUGAGAAGACAGUUCGGGAUUUGAAUAAAGAAAGUAGUCGAUUUCUUUGGUUGCAAUUGUUAGUUGAUAUUCUGAUUCAAAUACCAUACAAUGAUCAGACUAAAGAUGAAAUGUUACAUGAAUGUAAAGUACAUUACAAAGACGAUAAAGUUGCACAGAAAAGUAUAGAAGAAUUCCAUAAGACUUACAAAUCUACUGAAGCCCUAUCAUUUUAUACAAACGAUUCAUUUUUAUAUCGUCUAUUCAAUCGAGCACUUCGAACCGAAAAUAUUGAUUUUCUAUUUAUAUUUCGAUUUUUUUUAGCGGAUAUGUACAAUCAAUUAAAAAAGCUGCAUACAGACCAAUUUUCUACUAAUGCAAAAUACACUGGGGAAACACUCAUUCUCUACCGGGGACAAAUGAUGCGAGUUUCAGAGUUUAGUCAUAUCAAGGAUAAUGUUGGUGGUUUAUUAUCGGUGAAUACAUUUUUUUCUACAACUGAAGAUUUCCAAGUCGCAAUAUUAUAUUCUGGCUUCGAUGAUAAAAAUCGACCAUCCGAUUUCAUAUCAGUUAUAUUUGAAAUUGAGAUUGAUUUAAUCCAUCCUGUAACUAAAAAACCAUUUGCUUCAAUAGAACAUUUGAGUCGAUUUCCUGAAGAACACGAAGUACUUUUUUCAGUCGGUUCGAUUUUUCGUAUUCUUAAUGCUCAAUACAUGCAAAUAAGUGAAGGUUAUUGGCUUGUAAAAAUAAAACUGGUCGACAAUGAUAGUGACAUUAAUGAGCUUCGAAAUGAACUCGAAAAUGAAUAUUGUCAUAAGAGUAAUUUGUGCCAUUUGGGAAAUGCGUUAAUAGAUAUGGGUGAUUAUGCAAGAGCGGAACGGUAUUUUCGUAUGCUAUUAGAGUAUUUGCCUGAAUCUCAUUCAUCGGUUGGUCUUAUAUACGGAUCUUUGGGUUUGGUUUGUUCGAAAAGAGGAAAUUAUCAAGCGGCAUUGGAAUUUCAUGAACGAGCAUUGCAAUGUUUUACAAGAAUUAAUAUUUACGAUGAACAAGCAAAUAUUUGUCAAACAUAUGCUCAUAUUGCAACUGUUUAUCAUGAACUUGGGAAGCCCGAUCUAGCAUUGAAAUAUUGUACAAUGGCGACGAAUACAAACUCGUCUCCAGAUUCGCUUUCAUAUAUAUAUAAUCAAAUGGCCCUAGUAUAUCGAGACAAAGGUGACUAUAUUUUAGCACUGGACUACUUUAAAAAAACACUCAAUAUUGAAAAAGAAAUCUUGAAAAAAACAAAGUAUAAUCCAUUAUUAGCGACUAUGUAUAAUAAUAUCGGCGAAAUCUAUAUACAUUUGGGAGAUGAUGAAAAUGCUUUUAAACAUUUACAAUAUGCAUUGAAUAUUCGACUUAAAGGAACAGUCUCCACACAUACAGAUCUUGCUGCUAUUUAUAAUAAUUUGGGACUGAUUUAUGAAAGAAGAAAUGAACUUAAACAAGCAUUAGAAAUGUUUGAAAAAGCACUGGAGAUUGAUACACAAACCUUCGAAGACGGUCAUGAAUCAUUGGCACUAUCACACCGCAAUAUUGCAACUGUCUAUCAAAAACUUAACGAUUUAUUGAAAGCUUUAUAUCACGCAGAAACAGGUUUAAGAAUAUUGUUACGUUCACAAGGAAGAGACAAUGCUUCACUUCUUGCUAUACACCAAUAUAGUCUUGGAUCUAUUCAAUUUUGUUUAGGCAACAACAAGAAGGCAUUAAAUAUGGCAGAAAAAGCUUUAAAAAAUCAACUAGCAUAUUUAUCUGAAAACCACGAAUAUAUUGCAUAUACAUAUCAGCUAUUGUCAAAUAUACAUGCACAACAAGAAGACCUUCCAAACGCUUUAAUGUAUUUAGAGAAAUCAGUCGACACAGCUCGAAUUUCGAUAUUACCCAAAGAUAGACUCAUGUUUCACCAGCUCGAAUCAGAAUUGGAACUAUUGAAGAAAAAUGGUUUGAAAAACGAGAAAAAAUUUUCACAAUCACUUUCAUGCAUUCAAUGUGUUCCUGAUCAAGCCGAUUUACAAGAUUUUUGGAUUCGACACAAUAUUGAAAACCUUGAAUUGAUACCAAGAGAUAAUAUUCCGGACCGUAUUGAUUCACUUAAUGCUCUGAUAUCAGUUUAUUCGAGACAAGAAAAUUUUCAGAUAGCACUGAAGUAUUUCGAUGAAGCCAACUUACUUUAUACUCAACAUCGAUUAUCUGAUGUAUUACUUCAACAAAAAAUCGAAAAAUCGAUGCUACAAGUAUUCUUUAGCGUAAGUCGAGUAUAUUAUCGGCAAAAGAAUUGGACAAUGUCUUUGAAAAUGUUAACCAAAUCACUUGAUUUUGUUUUAAAACAAGAACAAGAACAUCCUUUAUUAGCAGAAAUUUAUAAUUGUAUGGGAUUGAGUUGUGCACAUCAAUUGGAUGUAUACAUGGCGACACACUAUUUUGAACUGGCUAUUAAUGUUGCUAAGAAAACAUUGCCCAAUGAUCAUCCAGACAUUCAGCGUUAUCACUAUCAAUUGCAACAAUUAAAACCUUAA